GAAAUCGGGGUUUCGACCAGAUAAAAACUGCCCAUUGCCGGUAGAGUUCAGCGCUCAGCCCUUCUUUCCCAAUCGAUUAUGCCCUCUACAUUCUCGUCUGCCCAUAGACUAUAUGUUAAAUCUCUAUACAAGAGGUAUCUCACCAAUGCACUCGACUGGACUGUAAACAGGGAUUUGUGGAGGAAGGAGGCGCUUCUCAUUCGUGCUGAAUUCGAGAAGAACCGCAACGUACAUGACCCGAGACAGCUGGCUAUUAUCCUGGAGCGAGCGGAAGCCGAGCUCAACCAUAUCAAGCACCCAGACCCAGUUAUCAUACCAAGCUUCCCGGGUGGUACCAAGUGGUAUGUCUAGCGUUACUGAAAAUGUUCCCAAUGUUAACACUGGACGAGAUAGGGAACGCAACAUCCCCCCACGGAUGGGCCCCUUAUACGACCACGAAGCUGUACCCGCUCACUAGAUUGUCGAAAUGCAAAAACCAGCCAUUCGCACGGAUCAUACGGGAGUGCUCGAAGCCAGAGGUUGUACGAUAGAACCGUUGUUUAUCUCCAGAGGACGUGGCGGUUCCAUCUGUAAACCCUGAAAAUAUUUUUUGCGAACGGAGUGAGCAAUCUAGGCUCGUGUUGGGGCCCAGUCGGUGUUUGUAAUCUGGCAUUUCGCUGAUCCCGCUCCUCGAUGUAGUAUCAUUUCUACCCUUGUGGCUGCUUCCUUUCAAGUUUUUCUGUCUGAAAGUCGGAAUACUCAACCUUUACUGUCUAGAGCUCAUGUAUAUUCCUUUUUUGCGUUUCAAUAAAACGAUAUUCAAGCUUUCGAGUCAA